CAGUAGCAAGAACGCACCUUUUCCGGUAAUACCGACAGUAGCAGCAGCAGCAGCAGCACAACCGGGACCGAAGAGCGACUGGAGAGGAGAGAGGGGUCGAGAACCGACCCGGGGUGAGAGAGAGAGAGAGAGAGAGAGAGAGAGAGGGGCUGUUAAAUGAAGGGACGGAAGAGGGAAACUCGUGAUGAAUCAGUGACUUUUUGGACUUCUAAACUCCCAACUGGAUUCUCUGAGCACCAAAACUGAUGAUCAGAAGUCUUAAAAAGGACUCAAACCGAGUGAAUACAAGAAGAAGGUCGGAGUUGAUCAGAAAGGCCUGUUAUAAAGAUCUUGUUUUGGAGACGACAAGGUGUAUUUGGGCGGUUUGUAUUGUCUAUGCACCCUCAGUUGUACACAACUCAACUUGCUUGCAUAGUGGUUUGUGUUUCCCCUUAUGCAUACUACAUUAGAUUCAAUGAGAGUCACCGUUGGUUACACAUACUAUGCAUUACUAUGCAUUUUUUAAACGAAUGGCUCUGAAGUUCCAUAUUGAAGGUGCAAGUCGAGAUUCAAAGUAACAGUUCGAAGCAAUACCAAAUAGCCUUCUAAUCGUUUUUCCUGCGACAAACGUAAUAUAUGCACAGCCAAGAAGAUGGGGAAGAUGCUUUCAAAGAUCUUCGGCAACAAAGAGAUGAGAAUAUUGAUGCUUGGACUUGACGCGGCGGGCAAGACCACGAUUCUUUACAAACUGAAACUGGGACAGUCUGUCACAACCAUCCCGACCGUGGGAUUCAACGUGGAGACUGUCACCUAUAAGAACGUCAAGUUCAACGUCUGGGAUGUCGGUGGUCAGGACAAGAUCCGACCGCUGUGGCGGCAUUACUACACCGGCACCCAGGGACUGAUCUUCGUAGUGGACUGUGCGGAUCGAGACCGGAUCGACGAGGCCAGACAGGAGCUGCAUCGCAUCAUCAACGAUCGCGAAAUGAGGGACGCCAUCAUUCUGAUCUUCGCCAACAAGCAAGACCUUCCCGACGCCAUGAAACCACACGAGAUCCAAGAGAAGCUCGGGCUGACCCGGAUCCGAGAUAGGAAUUGGUACGUUCAGCCGUCCUGCGCUGCGACGGGCGAUGGACUCUACGAAGGGCUCACCUGGCUUACAUCCAAUUACAAAUCGUAACGCAUCGAUACGGAAAAGAGUGGCAACUAGAAUCAAUUAAAGAAUAACUUUGGCUUCUCAGAUCUGUGUGUAAAGUUUGAUUAUUAUCUUCUUCUCAAGCCCAUCUUUGUUUGUUUGUUUGUUUGUUUAUUGGCCCGCUCUUACAUUUACUUAAAGCACUAUUGUAGUUCUGUUACAUUUGAAUGUAUAACCAUCUCCAAAUAUGCCAUACACUGCAAAAUCUGUAUGAAAAACCUCAAAUAUUAUUAAAAUGAUGCAUUUACUUGAAGCAAAAUUGUGUACGAUAAAAAGACUUGAAUUAAAGUCAUUUUCUAACACCAUAACAUAUAUAAUAGUUUUUUUCUUGCUGUUUGAAUAAUUUUUACUACAAUGUGUUAGAUUUGUGCUUAAAACAAGAAAAUGCAAUGGGGUAAGAAAAAUAAACUGUAAACAAGUCUUCUUAUCUAUGCAAUGUGCCUUCUGAAGUACAACGUAAAUGCAUUUUGUAUUAAAGGAAUAUUCCGGGUUUACAAUGGAAGUCAAUGGGGUUCAAUCUGUAAACGUUAAAAUACUCACUGUUUCAAAAGUAUAGACACAAGACGUAAAGAACAUGAUUUUACUGUGAUAAAAUCACUAACUAACCGCAUCUGUGUGACGUUAGAACCAAUUUUACUACUUUGUUGCCAUGACGACGAAAUGCGGUAAACCAUCAAACCCUACAACGACUGUAAAAACGACUGUUUCCAGCUCGGAUAAUAUACAUGUUUUAACAAGAAUUAAUGUAAGUGCUUUUAUACAAUUGUAAGCUUCACAUUUCUGCCUUUAAACCUCCAAAAAUUGACCCCCAUUGACUUCCAUUGUAAGUGUCUCACUGGAGCACACAUUUAAAGAAAAGGAGGGACGAGUCGAAAUUAAUUUGAACAUUUUGCCACAAAUGCUGUCGAUUGAGCUGAACUUGUAUUAACCGGGAAUAUUCCUUUAAGGAUGUUUGGAUAUUUUUUACGGGGGGGGGGAGACCGAAAGAAAAUGAUUUUAUGCAGUGUAAAGUAUUAUUUUCAGAAGCUGUGUGUUGUUGUUUUUUUUCCAUUCAGUCCAGUUGAAGAUCUGGCCAUUGACUGAUAUGGAAAUGUUUCUUUUUAUUUGUCUGAAGAUACAGUUAUUAGUCCUUAAAACGGCAGCUUAUUUGUUUACCUCUGUGCCAUCACGUAUAACGAAUGUAAGGAGAAUAGCUUCAACACAGAUUAUUCAAAUAAAACAUAUAUGCAGAAUUUAGUCAAAAAGUCCUUGAAGGAAAAUUGACGUAUUUUUGUCAGUAAGCUUCCAUUUCAACGAAGAAUUCAAACUGUUUUGAACUUUUUUUGGUGGGACAAAGCAGAUGUACCCUGCAGGGAUGAUGCUAAUGAGAUUUAUUUAAAACGGUGUACUAGAAUAAGGGCCCUUUGACUUUAGUGUGCACGACUGUAAUCAUAACCAUAAACCGCACAAAUCACACCAAGCCUCUUUUUCUCGCACUAAAUUAAGGUUAAAUGCUUUGUUUUAUUAUUUUGACUGAUUUGUUAUGCUGAAGAAAUAAUAAAAUCUAUAUCAAUAUAUAUAUCUAUAUAUAUCCAGUACAAUGUGAUUGUGUCUUCUUGACGAGGUAGAACGUGCUUGCACAUUUACAUUGUACAUUCUGAAUGUAGAACUGUGUUUUAGUGAGUUUACGAGGUCAGGACAGAAGCGUGCUGGUCUGUCUUCAUCCCUGUGAUUAUAAUUGACCCUGUGAAGUGAAUGAGUGAUAACGUCUUUGGUUUCAGGGUCAAAUGAUCACGUGUUUCCCUCUAUAUUCACCCGAGAAAGAGCGACAAGAGAGUUGAAGUUGAACAUGUAUUGGUGUUCAGAUUACAGUGAGAACACUUCAGCUGUCAGCGUUGUGCGAUGAUGUAAUGGGAAGUCAGUAAGAUAACUUCCAAGUUUCCAGUUGAACAAAACACAGGCGUUUAUGUGAUGUUCUGCCGAGUAAAGCCGCACUAACGUUUUCCAUCAUGUUUGCAUAUCAGACAGUUUAAUUAAAUUCAGUUUCCUGGCACGCAUCGCCAAAGAUUUUAUACCGUUUAUUUGAAUGUUUAAUGCACACCUGACUGAAUCUCACAAAUACCUCUUGGUUAUAUUUCAGCCCAAAUCAAAAGCAAGCAAAUAUAUGUUAUAUAAAGUGAAUAAAGCCUAUUUUUAGGACAAUUUGGAUUUUUGACAUUGUGACCCCCCCCCCCCCCCCAAAAGUCUGUUUUUACUAUAUAAUGUAAAUCAUGUAAAAUAGUGUAAUAAAAUUAUUACAAAUAAUAAUAAUUGUAUAAUUAUAGAUUUAUUAUUUAAAAAAGUGGUUUAAAUAUAUUUAAACUUAUUUAAAAUAUUUUUAAAUAUUAAAUAUUGCUUUUAUUAAAUAUUAUAAAAUGAUAUUAAAACAAAUUAAAAUCAGAAUAAGGGUGAUACAACAAAUACCACCAUUAUAUAUAUAUAUAUAUAGUUCUCUAUUUAAAUAAUAUAUCACUGUUUUUCACAUUUAAUAAUUCAAUUUAGCAUUACUUUAAUAGUAAAUAGGGUGGGGGGUACUUAAUUGUCAUGAAAAUAAUGGCACAGUUAAUAUAAUGUGAAUCAAUUGUUCUUAAAAUAGGAUUAAUUUUCUUUAUGGAACAUAUAAAAUAGAUAUUAAUAAAUAUGACAGGUCUUGUCAAGUAUUGUAAAAUUCAUCAACCUGUUGCUAGAGCAGAUUUUAUGUAAUUGUCGGGGAAUUACAGUAAAAAUAUCAUAGUGCAAAAAAAAAAAA